GAGUGAAGUAAUGUCGGCCGUCACGUCUCGCUGUUCCCUUAUCGUCAACUUCAUCGUUGAGAACAUCUUUCCUUCGUCGGAAUCAGACCUCCUAAAACCUGGCAACCGCGAGGUCUCGGCCACUGCUGCAGCAGACCCUGAUCAGGAAUACGUAGUCCCUGGAUCUGCAUCAUUGAUGGCUAUUGUGAACGCCCUUGCACUGCAACAUUCCAAAGCAAUGUCACGACUGGAAGCGAUGCAGUUGAUGCUGGCGCUGCUCACGUCUGAUGGCAAGUCUUCUCAGUCCUUCAUUCUCACCGACGAUGACAGUAGAUCUGCUACAAAUUAUUUCAAAGAACCCAGUCAUCCCAAUAAUGCAUCUUUCAAUGAAACUUCCAGCCAUUCUGACAUCGAAAUUAAACGUACUGGUGAAAACUCGAGCGUAUCUUUCAGUUCUUCAAGCCAAAACACCAACACAACAGCUGCCUUAUUCGAAAACAAUACAACGACUGAAGUUACUUCAUUGUCUGCUGAAACUUUAUUUCUAAUUCCUCCUGGAAGCAAAUCUUCUGAAACUCGUAAUUUACUGAAAACAGAAAACGACUCGAAUUCUGAUGAAGCUGAUCCACGUGAACAUGUGACUGAUGAGGGACGCUCUACGGCACAAACAAGAGCUUCAGAAUUGUUCUGUGGGGGACUCCUGCCAUCUGUGAGAGGUGAUGGUGGUACCGGGUGGUGGUCGUGGGCCGUGAGCCACUACCUGGAGGGGGUGGAGUGCAGCAGCGUCGUGACACAGCGCGCCAUCAGACGCUGUGUGCACGACAUCUACCAGCACCUCGUCAGGUCCCUGCUGCUGCAGCAACAUCAAAAAGAGCUUGGCGAGCGGCUGUCUCUGUUGACUGUGUUCGCACUGAGCGUGCGCUUCGAGUGGCCAGACCUAAGUCUGGUGGUCUCGAGUGGUCUGCUCGAGGUCUUAGCGAGACUUGCAGCCCCUGGCAGUGGUCUGCUCGAGACCAUGGCGAGACUUGCAGCCCCAGGAGACCACCUGCCCUCUGUUGCAGACCUGCUAGAUGCCUCUUCUGCUGCGUGCGAAGCAAGCUACGCUGCUGGUGGGGGCGACGCGUUCGAACUGUGCGGUGCCUCCCGUACGGCCUCCUCCCACCAGCCUCCCCCAUCCCCCCUCCACCUGCUGCCCUUCGCCUCACAUGUCCUCUUCCAGAUCAUCACCAUCCUUGUGGGCCACCACGCCGAGAACCUGGACAGCGACGUACGGUCACGUGUGGUCAGUUUACUGUACAAGCAAGUCGAGCGGCAGACUGACUGCAUUAUUGCCCUCAACGAAGCUAUACAUCGACGUCUCUUGAACCAAGAAACUGGUAUGCAAACUACCAUUGGGAUGCCAAAUACCAGUGAUAGUGAUGGUGAUGCUGGAAACAGUGACAGUGAAGAGGGCUUGUCACCUCAUGGUGACAUGCCACCACAUCCAGACAGUGACGGCAGUGAAGAAGUGCCGAAUGUAACUGAUAAAAGUGAUGAAAAUCAGGGUAAUGGCAGCAGCAGGCGACGACUUAUGCUGAAAUUACCACGUCUUAAACUUGACGCUGAUAGCGAAGUGACCAUCGAUGAUGAAGUAGAGCAAAUAAUGCAGGUUAAGCUGCUCGAAGUCACCCUCGGGAAUCUUCUUGUAUUUAUCAGAAGGCUUUUCCCCAACAAGAAAUUGUGCGAUGAAAUCGGUCAGGAGAAAUGGGUGCAUUUGUUGCUCAAGAUAACAGGUGCAAGCGCUGACACUCAUCUUCCUAAUAUAUCCAGUCUACGCACCCGCUUGCUUGCCUUCACUCUUUUGAGUGUCAUUCUUCCCAGUGCUAAACUUGACCCAGUUUUUAAAGAUCAGAUCGUCAGAAAACUCUUCACUCAACUAGGACUCUACAUGUGGGUUAUAGCUCCCGCUCAAGCGCACCUGCAAGCAACCAAACUUAUGGAGAAACUUAAUAAGCACAAGAAAAUUCUGUCCAGCCCCAAUCUUAUUUAUGAUGAUACGAGACCUGACUCGCCAGAAGAUAAUUUACUGGUUCAAGAAGUAGGUUUUGAUCCUGAGAAACUUCUUUGCUGUUCCGUUGAAGGAGGUCACACGCUAGUGCACGGUCCUGGAGGCCGAGGAUACGGUCUUGGAUCAACGCCAAUAACUUCGGGCUGCUUCCAGUGGAAAUUUCUAAUCGUCAAAGAAAGUCGUGGCUACGAAGGAACUUGCAUUGGCGUGUCGAAAUUCCCAGUACGUGACUACAGUCAUCGUACCACUUCAGACAUGUGGCUUUAUCGUGCGUAUUCCGGUAACUUGUACCACAAUGGAGAACUGAGUCGCACUUUGCCAGGCUUCACGCAAGGCGACUAUAUCACUGUCGUCCUGGACAUGGAAGCUCGUACGCUGAGCUUCGGCAAAAAUGGCGAUGAACCAGAAGUCGCUUUCGAGAACAUUGAUGCUCCUGAACUGUACCCGUGCGUUCUUUUCUAUUCCACUAACCCUGGCGAGAAAGUGAAAAUGGUCGACAUGCAAAUGCGCGGUUCACCUAAAGAUCUUGAUGUUGGAGAACCGUAUUGUGCUCCUCAAGCUGCCGUCAUGUGCGAAGCUCACGUAACUUUAUUGCGUGAGCUGCAUAAUAAUUCUAACUGGACCAAGCACGUUAAUGAAAGCAUAAUCGAACGACUACGUGCUACCGAGAAAAUAUUCCCAGCAAAUGUUGCUCAAACAGACCCAUUCAUUACCCAAGAUGCAAUCAAAGACGAGACGGAUGAAUCUAAUAGUGUGGAGAACCUCAUCAAAGAAAACCAAUCUCCUCAAGACGUUCCUCGCAUUUCUACUCCUUCACGUCAGACGAGUCUGAGUGACCGAGCGUCUUCUGAAAAGUCGGACGAGGAAAGCGAUUCAUCGGGACCCGAUCAUCGCUAUGGCCCACAAGACGAAGACAGCUGCAGCAGCGUCCAAAGCAACGAGUCCGAGAGAUCAAACUCAUCGUGCGCUCAAAAUGCUGGCCGUUUUGCCAGCACUCAAAAUUUUGGCGACUGUGGCAGCGGCUCUGAAUCCCGUACUGCUCAAACGGAGCCUCGUCGGAGACGCAAGUCUCGAUCCAAAAGCUCUUCUUCCAACAUCUCGAAAAAGUGUCGUGCGGGGUCGGAGGACUGGUCGUGUCUGGACCAGCUGUGUCGUGACGUGUGGCCCGCCCUCGCCGUGAUAGGCGGGGUGGACGGCGGCCUGAGGGUCGGAGGACAGUGUGUGGUCGGCGGUCCCAGCGGCCGUCGUGCCAUGGUGCUCGGCAUGCUCAAACCUGGACAAACUUCCAUUAAGGUUCAGUGGUGCGAUAAGUGCGACGAUAUCUAA